AUAGUCCUAUAUUUGCAGGCUCGCUCCUCUAAUAUUAUUGCCUUCAUGCGUGUAUCUUCUUCACAUGCAGUUUGCUUAAUUCAAUGGCUUUCCCUAGGUUGAAUAUGGCAGCAGCAGCAGCACUCCUCUUUGUUUUUGCUCUUGCUAGAAUCGAGCUUUCAUCAUGCAGCCAGUUUGUGAGGGCCAAGGUCUCUUGCCUUGAUUGCAAUCAACCUUAUAACUUCUCGGGUAUUAAGGUUUUGGUGAAGUGUGAUAAAGUGAAAAAGUUAGCCAUGGCAACCACAGAAGAUGAUGGCUCUUUUGAAGUCAAGCUUCCUUCAGACGGUACCGAUAUUUCAAAAUCUUCUGAUCUUCCUAUGAAUUGCCAUGCAAAGCUGCUGGGGGGUCCAACUCAGCUCUAUUCCUCAAGGAAAUCAAUGGUGUCCAGAAUUAUUGAGACCCAUGAGAAGCCAAACUCCUACACCAUCUCCACUCCUCUCAGCUUUUACUCAGCUUGCCCUACAACGUAUGCGAAAUGCAAGGACAUGAACAAGCUUGGUUCUUCCAAGACUAUCAAUCUGCCUCUGCCACCGGAGUGGGGUUUAGCACCACCUAGCUUUUAUAUUCCUUGCUUUCCCAUCGUCACAGGCAUACCUUGAUUAUCCAUAUAUAUUGAAGUAAAUCUACGUCAUGAGUACUCUGUUUGUAUUAAUUCUAUAUACACUGUUGAGAGAGUGCUAAAUAAUUAUCACGUCUGUAUUAUAUGUAUGACUCGUGAAGAAUGUAAUAAUCUCUCGCAUUCUCUCUC